AUGGAGAGAGAGAUGGUGGGAGAUGUGCUAUCUGCCUGGCUUGUGUCCAUAAUGCAGGCACGACCAUUGUUUAAUGACCGAAAGAGAUUCGCAAAACUGGCGGAUCCAAGGUUGCAGGGGCAGUUUCCGAUGCGAGGUCUCUACCAGGCUCUAGCUGUGGCAUCCCUGUGUAUCCAGGAGCAGGCUGCUGCUCGUCCUCUUAUUGGGGAUGUGGUGACUGCCCUAUCUUAUCUGGCAAAUCAGGCACACGAUCCUAGUAUAGCUCCUGGACAUGGCUACAGGGUAUUAAGGGAUAAGGACGAGAAAAGAAACAGAGAUGAGAGAGGUGGAAGAAUAUCAAGGAAUGAAGAUGGGGGAGGAUCAGGGCGCAAAUGGGACUUGGAAGGGUCUGAGAAGGACGACUCUCCACGAGAAACUGCAAGGAUGUUAAACAGGGAUUUAGACAGGGAACGAGCUGUCGCAGAGGCCAAAAUUUGGGGAGAGAAUUGGCGUGAAAAAAGACGACAAAGUGCUCAAGGUGUAUUUGAUGGCCAUAAUGGGUAG